CAAAGUCUCUCUAUAUAAACCAUUCUCUUUCCCCUUCAUUUUAUAUAUUUACUCUCUUCUCUAUCAGUUCUCCGAUUUGAUCCAACGAUCCACAGAUCUCGUUAUCUUCUUCCAAUGGCUGCAUCCAACGGCGAGAAAGGCCUCAUCGUCAGCUUCGGCGAGAUGCUCAUCGACUUCGUCCCAACCGAGUCCGGCGUCUCGCUCGCCGAAGCUCCAGGCUUCCUCAAAGCUCCCGGCGGCGCUCCCGCCAACGUCGCCAUCGCCGUUACGCGUCUCGGCGGACGAUCCGCCUUCGUCGGAAAACUCGGAGACGACGAGUUCGGGCACAUGCUCGCGGGGAUACUGAGGGAGAACGGCGUCGCCGAUCAGGGGAUCAACUUCGACACGGGAGCAAGAACGGCUCUGGCGUUCGUGACGCUGCGUGCCGACGGAGAUCGGGAGUUUAUGUUUUACCGGAACCCCAGCGCCGAUAUGCUCCUCCGUCCCGACGAACUCGACCUUGACCUCAUCAGAUCUGCUAAAGUGUUUCACUAUGGAUCAAUAAGCUUAAUAGUGGAGCCAUGUAGGUCAGCUCACUUGAAGGCCAUGGAAGUGGCCAAAGAAGCAGGAGCGCUUCUUUCCUACGACCCAAACCUCAGGGAGCCUCUGUGGCCAUCAAAGGAGGAAGCCAAAACACAGAUCAUGAGCAUCUGGGACAAGGCUGAGAUCAUCAAGGUCAGCGACGUCGAGCUAGAGUUUCUGACUGGAAGCGACAAGAUCGAUGAUGAAACCGCAAUGUCCUUGUGGCAUCCCAACUUGAAGCUCUUGCUUGUCACUCUCGGUGAAAAGGGCUGCCGGUAUUACGCCAAGACUUUCCAUGGAUCGGUUGACCCUUUCCAUGUGAACGCCGUGGAUACAACCGGAGCUGGAGAUUCCUUUGUUGGUGCUCUCCUAACCAAGAUUGCUGAGGAUCAAUCCAUUCUCGAGGACGAAGAGAGAUUGAGAAAGGUGCUAAGAUUCGCAAACGCUUGUGGAGCAAUCACCACGACCAAAAAAGGAGCCAUUCCAGCUCUUCCCACCGAUGCUGAAGUUCUCACCUUUCUUGAAGGGAAGUAAAACACACAAAAACGCCUCUCAAGCUUACUCCAGUGUAAUCUGUGUUGUUCGCUUAUGUAUUCUUGUUUUCUGAUGUUUGGUUGAAAUCAAUGGCUCUGUUUUUUUUCUUAUCUUCACAUGUAACGAUUUAAAAAAAGACAUGUUUCAAUUCAAGGCAUCGCUUGCUAAUAAUAAGAGCUUUUUAUUCCAA